GGAAUGCAUUCCUCCAAAGUCCACCCCAUCCUGUGUGCAAGACCACCCCCUCCUCUACACCAUCACCAACAUCACAAACCAAGAGAUUGUAGCAGAUACAAAAGCAUUUCCAUUGAUGAAGUAAACACCGUUUAUAUCCAAGAGGCUGCUCCAGGAUAUGAGCUAACAAGUCGGCUUCAGGCUCUUCUUUGGCGAUACCCGGUCAGAAUUGGCUGGAUUCCUCUUUGAGGAGAACUUGCAAUCCUUAAACAUGGCCCUCUCCAUCUUGAAGCGCAGCAAGACAGAGGUUGGCCACCAGGACCUGGUGGCUACCAGGUCGGGCAUAGGUUCCGGUGAUGCAGCUGCACUUGGUGGCGAUCAAAGAGGUCAAGGUAAAAGGAGGGACCGGCAUACAUGGACAAUAGUUACAUCGAUACCAUAUGACGAUGGCCAUCAAUGGAGAAAAUAUGGGGAAAAGAUGAUCAGUAGCUCCAAGUUUCCAAGGUGCUACUAUAGGUGUACUUACAAAGCUGAGCAAGGGUGCCAGGCAACAAAACAGGUGCAGCAAAAGGACUUCGGUGACCCUCCCUCCUUCUUGGUCACCUACACCAAUAAACAUACUUGCAGCUCUACGUUCAUGGCUCCCCAUUUUGUGGUGGAUCCAUGUCAAAGUGAGCCAUUCUCUCUUUGCUUUGAUUCAAGUGCUGGUGGAAUAAUCAACGAACAGCCUGCUUUCCUCACUUCCUUGCCCACCAUCAUACAAGACUGUGAUGGAAGAAUGCCCAAUUGGCAACAUGAUACUAGUUCUUCAUCGAACCAACACAUGUCACUAAAUGUGGCAUCACAAGCAUACAUGGAGACGGCAGGAACAAUCUUGUCUAGCUUUGAUGAUAUCUGUUCCAAUGCUUGCCCGAUGUGGAUCUCACAUCGGUCGGAUGUGGAUUACAUGAUGAUGGAACCAAUGGAAUUAAUUGAGUUCGAUGGUAAGGAGUUGAUCUUCUAAGCUCUUAGCUGAAAUAGGGACCUUACCAUCUUGUUCUCUUGUGAAACAGUAUUGACAUACCAGGAUAAUGAAUAAA